UGUUCCUGUCAUCUUACAGCAGCGGCUCCAACAGGCAGCAGCUCUGUGCUCGUGUGUUUCCACACUAACUUAUUCCCUUGUUGUUCACCUUAUUAUUAUUACCCCCAGUCAUGCUGAAGUCUGUUGUCCGGGCGGUGGGAGCCGCCGUCCGCGUCUCCUCAGCCACCGCGUCCACAGCCCGAGCUCUGCCGCUCUGCUGCCCGACUCUGUGCUCUCCCAGCUCGGCCACAGCGCGGCCCUUCACCCGCUCCCUCUGGAUGCUCAACAACAACGGAGCCUCGUCGGGAUACCGGCCACAGCUGUUCAGCUCCAGAGUUUGGAAUCCCUCGGUGUCGUGUGGAUGUGGAGGACUGCACACAGAAGGUGACAAAGCAUUCGGUGAUUUCCUGUCUGAUGAAAUCAAAGAAGAGCAGAAGAUCCAGAAAACCAAAACUCUUCCCAAGAUGUCUGGAGGAUGGGAGCUGGGGCUGAACGGCACAGAGGCUAAACUCACAAGACAUUUUGCAGGAGAUAAGAUCUCUGUCACAUUCAACGUCAACAACAGCAUUCCUCCUAGCUUUGAGGAAGAGGCAGAACAAGGACAGCAGAAGUCAGCAGCAGCAGCAGAAGAAGAGCCAGAAAUGGUGUCAUCGCCAAACUUUGUUGUUGAAGUAACGAAACAGGGUGCAAAACAUUCCCUGGUGUUUGACUGCCAUUAUCCUGAAGAUGAGAUGAGUCAUGGUGAAGGAGAGGAGGAGAGCGACAUCUUUGCCAUUCGUGAGGUCAGUUUCCAGCCCGAGGGAGAUGAUGAGUGGAAGGAGACGAGCUAUACACUCGGCACAGACUCUCUCGACUGGGCCCUGUAUGACCACUUGAUGGACUUCCUGGCCGACCGCGGGGUCGACAACACUUUUGCUGAUGAACUGAUGGAGCUGAGUACCGCCAUUGAGCAUCAAGAGUACAUCAAAUUCCUGGAAAACCUCCAAGGCUUUGUUAAAUGUAACUAGUGUUAGAUAGAAGCUGAAUUUCACUGAUCUUUAAACCAUGUCCUGGCAAAUUUGGAAAUCCGAUGGUUCAGCAAGACUAAAGCGAAUGUUGCAGCACUGAAAGAUUGAUCUGCUUGGCACUCUCAAGAGACUGACGGUAGUGUUUGUGACACGAAAUGUCACAAAGACUGGGCUGCAAAGCAUGAUCUUUGAGAAAAUGUGACUUUAUUUUUCUGUAACUUAAACAAGAUAGAAAUAUAAGUUAAAUAUAUGAAGACUGUAAACAGUUUAGGUCAUGAAAAUGGGCAGAAACCGUCCUCUCAAGAAAUGCCUCUCUGUUCUGGAGUUACUGUCUUCACUGCAGUGGUUCAACAUGGUCCAGCACUAUAGUAUAUGUUCAAGUUCCCACAAGUAAAAAAUUGACAAAUUAGUCAGGAUGGAACAUCAAAACACAAACACCGAAAAAAACAAAUGCGUUUACAAAGUCACUCUUAACUCUCGUAUGUGUGACAGCCUAUGUUACCCUGCUGAGUCCUCUGUAAGACCAUAACAAACAGUUUAAAUCUGAAUGGCAUAUGUCUUUGUGUGUUGAGAAUGGAAGGUCUGUGUUCAUUAAAACAGUUUGAUAUGAA